ACUCGACGUGUGCGGAAGGACGGGCUAGUGUCACAAUGGCUACGUCACUGGAGGCCAUGAAUGCCGAGAAAGACCGCCUCAAGGCUGAAAUCAAGCGCAUGAAGGAGGACGCCAGUGUGUCGCCUGAUCAGAUCCAGCCAGUCUUUGACAAGUACAAGGCGUUGUCGGCAAAGGUCAAGGCUGCCGAGGCUGCUGCUGCUGCCAACGGUGGCGGUUCCGCUAGUGCAGCAGCACCAGCUGGUGGUGCUGGAGCUGGAGCUGGUGGCGGAUCGUUGGAGAACCUCAAGAUCAAGUUUGAGGCGGAGAAGAACGCGCUCAAGCAGCACAUCAAGGAGUGCAAGGCUGCAAACAAGUCUGCAGCCGACAUUGCGCCGUUCUAUGAUCGGUACACAACGCUGCGGGCGUGGUUGGAGGCGCCGGACAUGGCGUCUGUGCCCAAGCUGCGCGAUUCUGCCGCUGCGCUCGGCGGCGAGGCCGCAGCAGCCCCGGCCAAGCCCGCGGUCGACUCGCUGACCAUGGACCAGCUGGUGGCCGAGAAGAACGAGCUGAAGAACACCAUCAAGGAAUACAAGGCCGCUGGAAAGGAUGCGGCCGAGAUUGCGCCGGUCUACGACCGGUACCAGGCCGUUCGCGAACGAAUCACCGCUCUCGACGCCGGCGCCGUCGCCUCGCCGGAAGUCACGCCGGCCAAGGCCGCAGGAGCAGCGGCGGCGGCACUGUCACCGUCUCCAGCGCCUGCGCCUGCGCCUGCGCCUGUAGCAGCUGCGCCUGCGCCUGCGCCUGCGCCUGCGCCUGAACCUGCGCCUGCGCCGGCACCCGUGCCGGCACCCGUGCCUGCGGCUGCUGCGACCUCGACGCCUGCGCCCUCUGCUGGGCCUGCUGGCGGAGAGAGCGUCGACACUGUCUUUGCCGAUCUGCUGGAGACCUUUGACACGACUUCACAGUUCAUCUACGACCAGUACAAGGUGCUCAAGCAUGGUAACGACGCCAAGCUCUCGCAGCACCUCGGGCCAAAGUUCCGCGACGUGGCCAAGACCGUGUUCAAGACCAAGAAGAUCAAGUCGAUGGUCGGCCCCGAGUUCUCGGACCAGAUGUCCAAGCUCGAGGCAACCCUGCCGCCGCUGAUGGAGACGCUCUCGCAGCUGGGCCAUGACCCGAAGUGGGCGGUGUUUGGGCCCAAGGCCAACGAGAUCACCACCCUCCGCGGAUCGGUCUUCAAGGUCAUGGGCGCCCACCUCCCGCUCAAGGACGGCGACGUCGCCGGCGCUCGUGCUGUCGCCGACGUCUUCAAGGCCGUCGUCGAGCUUGUCCAGUCGUGCUCGGCUGCCUGCUCGCAGGCCAUUGUGGCUGCAUCGUGAGGGAACCCGUCAGGUAAACAAGCUGUGCGGC